AUGGCUGCUAAGCCAAGAGUCUUAUACCAGACCGGCAAUGCUUUCAAGCGAAGCCUUCACUAUAUUAGAAGAUUUCUUUCCACUUUGCAGCCAAAUAACAUUACAUUUUGCAUUAUUUUGCCUCUCAUUGGUUUUAUUUGGAGUCUUUUUCAAUCACUAUCACGCCAAACGCUUUUCUUGGGAGGAAUACUAUACAUCAUAUCUGGCGUUGGCAUCACUGCUGGUUACCAUCGCCUCUGGUCACAUCGAUCAUUUACUGCCUCGCCAAGCUUGAGAUUCUUUCUGGCACUUGCUGGCGCAAGCAGCGUCCAGGGUUCAAUCUUGAAUUGGUGCCAGAUGCAUCGUGCCCAUCACCGUUAUGUGGAUACUCCAAAAGAUCCGUAUAAUGUGAACAAGGGUAUAUGGUGGUCCCAUAUGGGGUGGUUAAUUUUCAAACCCGAUCCCAAUCUGCGAGGGCACGUCGAGAUUUCUGAUUUGCUCAAAGAAGAAGUUGUGAUGUGGCAGCACAGAAACUUUCCCUUCUUGUGCCUCUUCACUAGCUAUGCCCUUCCGUUCCUUAUUGCCAAACUUGGAUGGAAUGACGGCUUGGGCGGCCUUCUCUAUGCCGGCAUCAUCCGCGUGUUUCUUUUUCAGCAGGCAACCAAUUGCGUCAACUCAUUGGCACACUGGCUCGGAGACCAACCGUAUGCAGAUGCAACAUCGCCAAGAGACCAUAUUUUCACUGCUCUAGUUACGUUUGGAGAAGGAUACCAUAACUUCCACCAUGAGUUUCCCGCUGAUUACCGAAAUGGCAUUAGGUGGUUUGACUAUGACCCUACUAAAUGGUGUAUCUCCCUUUGGGCUUGGCUGGGGCUAGCAAGUCAUCUGCAGGAAUUUGAAGCUAACGAGAUCAACAAGGCCAUCUUUCAACAGAAAUGGAAGCUGGUGGAGCGACUUAAGCAUCAAAUUAACUGGGGCCCUUCACUAGAUAUUCUCCCUAUUUACUCUUGGCCUGAAUUUGAGGCUCUUUGUAUCCACCAUGGCGGCUCCAAGCACUUAAUUUGUAUCUCAGGGGUCAUAUAUGAUGUUGAGAAAUUCAUUGAGAGUCACCCAGGUGGUAAAACUCUCUUAGCUGCAUAUGUUGGCAAGGAUGCUACUGCAAGUUUUCACGGUGGCAUAUAUAAACAUUCUAAAGCCGCUAGCAAUUUGUUAGAUAAUAUGCGUUUCGGAGUUGUCCGCGGAGGGGGUCAAGUGGAAGAUACAAGUAAACGCUAA